GGUCGCCCUCCCGAAGGCAGUGGUCGCCCCAAACUCCCAACCCCCUCAGAGCGUUGGACCGGCCACAGGGAGAAAGGCUUUUUCACUCCUCAUCACCCCCCUAAGGCCUCAUUAGCGGCCUAGUCCCUGGAAGUGACCAGGUCCAGCCUGGAGCCCAGUUGGAAGGGCAAAGUCCAACUGGUGGAAGUGUCUUCAUGAUCCUUUUGACCCCAUCCUGGCGCUUCCUCUCCCCUCGCCGCCGCCGCCGCCGUCGCCGCCCUCCUCCUCCGCCUCUUCCUCCUCCGCCUCCCGCCUCCCGCCGUCCGCCUCCGCCGCGCACCAGGGGCCCCACCAUGUCCGAGGCGGCCGACCAGCCGCAGCCGGCCCAGCAGCAGCAGCAGCCGCAGCAGCCGCCCCCGCCGGACAACGCCGCCACGGAGAACGGGCACGAAGCGGGCCCGGACGGGGAGCCCCCGUCCGAGGCGGUUGGGGGCCCGGCGGGCCCCGCGGCCGGCAGCCAGAACGGGGGCGAAGGCGACCAGAUCAACGCCAGCAAGAACGAGGAGGAUGCAGGGAAAAUGUUUGUAGGUGGCCUCAGUUGGGACACAAGCAAAAAAGACUUGAAAGACUAUUUCACCAAGUUUGGUGAAGUUGUCGAUUGCACGAUAAAGAUGGAUCCGAACACAGGACGAUCGAGGGGCUUUGGGUUCAUCCUUUUCAAGGAAGCUGCGAGCGUCGAUAAGGUUUUGGACCAGAAAGAACACAGAUUAGAUGGGCGGGUAAUUGACCCUAAGAAGGCCAUGGCGAUGAAGAAAGACCCGGUGAAGAAAAUUUUUGUUGGCGGUCUCAAUCCAGAAGCCACAGAGGACAAAAUCAGAGACUAUUUUGGAGAGUUUGGAGAGAUUGAAGCAAUCGAACUCCCGAUGGAUCCAAAGACCAACAAGAGAAGAGGUUUUGUAUUCAUUACUUUUAAAGAAGAGGAGCCAGUUAAGAAGAUCUUGGAGAAGAAAUUUCAUAACGUCAGUGGGAGUAAGUGUGAAAUCAAGGUAGCACAGCCAAAAGAAGUGUACCAGCAGCAACAGUACAGCUCCGGGGGCGGAGGAGGCGGCGGCGGCCGAGCGGGGAGAGGCAGAGCGGGCCGUGGAGGAGGUCAGAGUCAGAACUGGAGCCAAGGAUACAGCAGUAACUAUUGGAACCAGGGCUACGGGAAUCAAGGCUACGGCUACCAACAGGGUUACGGCAGCUACGGAGGCUAUGACUAUUCCUCUCCGUACGGUUAUUAUGGAUACGGACCGGGCUAUGAUUACAGUCAGGGCAGUGCAAAUUAUGGAAAGAGUGCAAGGCGUGGUGGUCAUCAGAAUAACUACAAGCCAUAUUGAACAAAUCUUAUUCAGGUAUGCUGUGGCAUGCUCAGUAUUUCAGAAAGUGACUGCACAGAUUUUGUACUUUGAUGCUAUAGCUGGAUAUUAAAAAAAAAAACACAAUAAUAAUUCUGUACCAAAUUUCACUUUACAAAAUUUCUAUGGCCUGUUUCGAUGUGCAUCUUAUUUAAAUUUUCCCCCCUUGGAAACUGUCUUUCAUGUUUACUCUUUACAGAGCUCUAGCUGUCUUAGUAUGUGGUGUGUGAAGGCCCCUUCUUGCAAGGAAGAUAUUAACGAAUGAUUUUAUUAAUAGGUUUAAACCGAAACAGAUUGUGAGGGACUCUCCGCUUGUACAGAAUGAGAGCCGCGUCUUAGGGACCCCGGGUCACUUUUCCACCUCUUUAUUUUAUAUUGUUUUUUUGUGUCAUACAUUUCCUGCAAUGGAAGUGUUAAUUUUACUGUACUUUUUGGUACCUUUUUGGAAUCUAAUGUAUUGUAAGGUAUUUUAACAUGUGUCCUGAUUCGCCGUGACAUCGAUAUUGAAGCGAUCCGAGCUUUUGAAAUAAAAGAAAAAAUAACAAAAACCCAAAAACAAA